CAGUGUCGGCGUGGCUCUCUCUACCACUCUCUCUCUCUGGGAAAAACCCGAGCAGGAGGAGAGCAGUAGAAGGGGGAGGAGGAGGAGGACUCCUUCUUCUUCUUCUUCUUCUUCUUCUUCUUCCUCCGAUACAGCCGCGGCGGCAGGAUAUUUAGAAAAAUUAAUUAGAAAAGGAGAAGCGGCGCACGGAGCCCCGCGGUGCGCAGCGGCACAGGGAGGAAUAAACGCACACGGAUGUGCCUCCGAAAGCGCAGCGGAUACCGCCCUCCGGACCUUAUUAAUGCCAAGAUUGAGAGGUCCGAGGCAGAAGGGGGGAUGACAUGCAUGUGUCCGGCCUGCUAACAUCGCUGACGACUCGCCCACUAACCGACUGCCCACCCUCACGACAUGGCGGAUGUACUGUACACAGGUCCGAUCCCGGCCGAGCGAGGGGGCGAGCUGGCCAUGGGGGGAGGUCGCAGCGAGACCUCGGCACUGAGUGGGACGAGAGGGGGACGGGGUAUGACCACUACCCAGAAUUCCCAACGGCCCAACGCCUGCUGCUUCUGCUGGUGCUGCUGUUGCAGCUGCUCAUGUCUCACCGUCAGGAAUGAAGAGGAGAAACGGAAGCGGAGGCGGAGAAAGAGAAUAUCACAGGACACCAAGAUGGAAACCAUACCAAACUGUGAAGCUUGCACCAAACCCUCAGUGGACGAAAUCCGGCUGUGGUCCCAGUCUUUUGACAAGCUGAUGAGGAACCCAGCGGGUCGAAAUGUUUUCCGGGAGUUCCUGCGGACGGAGUACAGUGAGGAGAACAUGUUGUUCUGGCUUGCCUGCGAAGACCUCAAACAGGAAAUCAACAAGGGCGCCAUUGAGGAAAAAGCACGUACCAUUUAUGAGGACUAUAUCUCGAUACUGUCGCCAAAAGAGGUGAGUCUGGACGCACGGGUCCGAGAGGUGAUCAACAGGAAGAUGCAGGACCCGACGCCUCACACGUUUGAAGACGCCCAGCUGCAGAUCUACACGCUGAUGCACAGGGACUCCUACCCUCGAUUCCUCUCCUCCAACAUCUACAAGUCGCUCGUUCACGGCGGCUCUCGUACCUCCUCAGAAUCCUAGUCUCACACCACCUCCACUCCCUCCUUGUGCGAUCCUGCACUUACAGGACUGAUGCCAGAGCAUUUCAUCUCUUCUCUCGCACACUCCUCCUGGUCCAAAAGUUUCCAGACAUUAUCACUUCUUUUUUGCCUCCUCUGUUCACUCCUACUUUUCCUUGAAUCCCAAAUCUCUGAUUACUGCCAAGACUUUCUCCAGUUGAGUUCCUUCACCUGCAUUCCUUGUCUUUACUCAUUUCUGUUUUUAGCCUCUUCUGAUCCAUUAUUUGUUCUUGAAUCGUUCUGUACAACAGCAUCUUAAAAGGUAACUUUGACCUUUGUGUGCCAUUAAAUAUUUAAAAAGACAGCACAAUUUUAGUUUGACAGGAAGAUGGUGGACGCACGAUCAUAGGAAAUACAUUUUAUAUUUAUAAAAUAUUAUUUAAGAGCUCUGAAAAUUUGAAAGUGAAAAACAUCCACGGGCCAAUAGUUCAUUUUUAAUACAGACUGUGUAAGACAGUACAAAUAUUUCAAUCAAAAAAGUGAUAUUAUUACCUGGGCAAAUAUGGAUCAUUAUCAUAGACACCUAACUGAAAUAAAAACAAAUAAAUUAAAUGAAUGCUUAUUUUCCAGGGCCUUCACUUGCAUCUUGCAGUUUUGGUUAGCUGAUUGAGUUUGCUUAGCCUGAAUGUUGGCACCAAACUCCAUCUGAGAAAGAGAUGCUUCAAAGGUUCAGCUAAAGCUAACAAGAAACCCUGGUGUGAAGUUUGAGGCUGAAUAAGAAUGCAGUUUUAAUAUAUAACUGUUAAGAAAAUACAAUUAUACAGUGUCUGCCAAUAGUACUUAACAUCAAAAGCUCUUUUACAUUAGUUUAUUUAUUAAUUCAGGCCUCACCGAUGGACAAACUGACUUUAAACCUGCUGGUUCCAAGUUCAAGAAUGAACAUUUUUGAUCAGGGUCCUUUAAAUUUUGGCUCUGAAUAAAUUGUGCCAUACAGUUGUGCUGAACCCAUUUUUUUUCUCUCUCCUUAACCUCUGUCCAUCCACGUCCAUCCCUGUGUUUUCUUCUUUUUAUCCAACAGUUUUUUGUAUUUUUUUUCCUCCCUCAACUCUCUCGUGUUUUCCGCCUUUCCCCAAUUUUCACAUCUGUAACCACACCUAAACGGAGAAAGAAGCGAUCUGGGAUUCUGAAGUAUUUCUGAGAAAUCCUCUACAGUUACAUGGAGAUGUACAUGACUGCUUUGGGAGACUUUAAUGCAUUUCAGGGGGAGAAAUAUUCGUCUGUGCCAUGAAUUCUUAGCAGUUACUUACCAAUGUUGCCCCUCCCCACAUGACCGUCCAGUCACCUCUAAGAGCCAGUUGAAGGUGGACUUCUCAAACUUCACCUCAUCGCCUUCGUAUUCAUCCUACGGUUGCCUCUACUUCAGGAAUGAUGGAAAGGUAAAAGAUGGAUGAUGUCUUGUUGCUUUUCUUUCUCUUUUUUCUUUCUUUUUCAACUGGAAACACAGGGUGCUCCCUCCAUCUCCCGCUACAGAAACUUUGUUUCCUUUGUUGUUUUUGUCCCCUCUCGUUUGCUGGAUCAAUCAUUUCACUCCUGUUUUAAACAAACGGACAAAAGGAAGGUUGUCGCUUCCUUCCGACUACUGAUUUACAAACAGACAAGACGUCUAUUUUUUAACAGAAAACUCUAUAUGGAACAUUUUAAUUAUGCUCAUUUUUUUCUUUGGUUUUGUUUUAUUGUUUAUCCCACUCUCCCCCAUCCUGGAUUUUUUUUUUUUGCCAGAAGAGGAGGAUUCCUCUGAGACUGUACUGAUCCCCACCCGACACCACAGACACUGCAAUAAAACACUGGAGUUUAGAAAAACAUCACAUACCCACACACACUCAUACACUUACAACAUUUGUGUUACUGUAUCUAAGGGGACUUAGAAUGUGUGUCGCUAAAUUUCCUGCCUGUCCAACCAUUAGUCAUCAAUCAAAAUAACACAAAACUGUUUAGAAGUACAGGAAAGACAUUCACUCAGGUUCAUAGACAAAUAGUUUGGAGUUUUAGUGGAUCUGCGCUAUAAAAUGUUUCGAUUCUUUAGUGAGGUAGUAAUUCAGUUUCAGACCUCUAAAGUUGAACAAAAGUAAGGAUAUUUACUGUAAUAGAAUAUGUUCCUAUUUUAUAACCAGAAAGAACAUUUGGUUUAAUUUAAAAUCAAGCAGUUGCAUAUUUAAAACUUAAGGAAACACACUCUUCAGACUGAAAUGUCAUGUUAUCUAGCAUUACAUAAAGAAACAGUGUUAGUUACCUUUCUAUCCUUUUAAAUGCUAAUUUAAAUUGUUAAAUUUAGGAUCUGUUGUUUUUUUUGGUGGAGUGUCAGAAGCGUUUCAGAGCUGAAAUUUCAAUCAAUAUUGGAAAAUCGAUGCGUUUUAUUUUCAUUUUAAUUGUCUUUGGGAUUUAAAUUGAUGUUCAGACAAAAUCUGAGGAAGUCACUCUGGACUUAUAAAUGUUCUAACUCGCAUUUUAAUCAAAUUACAACCUACAUUUGAGGGUAAACAAAUGUAGGGAUGGCCCGAUCUGAUCUCAAAGAUGGGGCUCAGGGCUGAUGGAGGCAUUUUUAAAAAAAUAAUCAGUACCGUCAUGAAUAUUUUGAAUAAUUUUCCUAAUCAACAAUCUGUUAAUUGGUAACACAGACUGAGCACAGUGGAAAUUUGUUCCGCUCCCGUUUUAGUUUUAGUCAACGCACACCUGAUUUGGGCCACAAAGGCAGCUGUGAUACAUUAGCCACAGAGAUACAGGAGCGUUGUGCUAGUCUACCCUAGCUUGUUUUAAAUGCUUCAGUUUUAGUCAGAGGACAUGAAGCGUCAUAAAUGUCUUUGUCAUGCUAUUUGUGGAAGAAGAAACAAAUCCAAAAUUGACCUUUAAACUCCGCUCUGUAAAUGUCAUUUCCAGCUUGAAGACACUGUCUAUACCAUCAUCGAGUUAAUGCAAUACAUUUUAGAAAGGGGUGGAAAAAUACCAGGGAAACUUUUUUCCUGGAAUAUCUGACCAAGCACUAAAUGACGUAGAAGUGUAAAAGAAAAAAAAAAGCAACCACGAUGUAGUAUUCAAGACCUCUAAGUCUCUAAUUUCAUGCUACUCUGACACAUUUCUUGCCUACAUAGCACCACCGUUGCCUGUUACACAAUUAUUGCUGAAGUUUUAGCAACUACUUUUCCAGGGCAUCAAUCCCCGUGAGGGUUAACAAUACCAGACCAAAUGAAUACAGCAUUACAAUUUACUCAUUCUAUUACAUGAUUUCUGGGGUUGUCAGUUUGCAAAAAUGGGAACGGCAAUUUUUACAGUCAGUAAUGACCAAAGAGGAUAAAAUGUGCUCCAUCUUCUCUAAAAAUUCACCAAAGAUUGAAACUUAAAAGACAAAAUUGCCCCAUUACGUAUAGUAACACAAAUAUUUACAUACACACACACACACACCAGGGUGGCCUACCUGGGCACUGCUGCUGCUGACCUCUGCCUCUGUGACCUCUCACCAUUGACCUUACCACUGUCUGUCGCCCACAUGGACUCCUGCUCCUGAUUUGGCUGCAGGAGGCUGCAGGGCUGAUCUGUGGUUGGUCAGUUCAGGAAGGGGGGUGGGAGGGAAUCCCAGGUGCAAAAAAAAAAAAAAUUAAAAAUAAAUAGAUAUAUAAAUAGAUAUAUUAUUGAAAAACAACUAUAUAUAUAUAUAUAUAUAUAUAUAUAUAUAUAAAGAGAGAGAAAAAGAAGACACCUACUAUGUGAGAUGGGAUGCUUACACCCAGUGGUUCAUGGGAAAUGUAGUUUGAGGAAAACAAAUGUUUGUAGUUGCCAGCAAAGGCAGCGACAACAGAUUUUGAAAGAAAAAAAAAAGAUGCCUAUGUCUUUACCAGACUGGUGACUCAGAAUGCAUUUAUCUUAGUAUUGUUAAUGUUAUUUAUUUUAUAUUUUGUUAAAACUGUGAUUUUAAUUGUACAUAUAUAAACAGAAACCCUUGAACAUCCAA